UUAGUUUCGGUGUGUGUGUCGAGCUUCAGUGCUGUUCCUGUGAUCCUAUCAUCAGUGUUCAGUUGUUAGAGAUGAGAAAGGACGCUCAAGUGGGAAACUUUAUUUCAGUUUGAGAACUUGGCCGAAACUUUCUGAAGAAUGGAGCCGAUAACCAAGUGGACAACGAUUCAGGUUGUGGACUGGAUCAGAGGGCUGGACGACAGUCUCCAGCAGUAUGUUUCUAACUUUGAGAGAGAGAAGAUCAAUGGAGAGCAGCUUCUGAAGAUUUCGCAUCAGGAUCUGGAGGAGCUGGCGGUGACCCGUGUCGGACAUCAGGAGCUGAUUCUGGAGGCUGUCGAUCUCCUCUGUGCAUUGAACUGUGGUGUGGAGACUGAUAACUUGAAGACUCUGACAGGUCAGAUGCGUGCAGCGUCCAAUAACUUGCACAACUGUGCGUCAGAACGGAGGAAAAAUCCUUCUUAUGAUGGAGUAAGUCCAAACAAACCACCUAACGUGUUCCUCACCGCUGUGGUGGAGCUGAUAGCGGCUGCCAAGGGCAUGCUGGGCUGGCUUGACAGGACCCCCCUCACGGGAAUCAGUGAUUUCACCUCCACCAAGAACAAGAUCAUUCAGCUCUGUCUGGAGCUGACCACAACUGUCCAGAAGGAUUGCACAGUGUUUGAAAUGGAGGAGAAGAUAUUAGAAGUGGCACGGGUUUUGACUGGCAUUUGCGACUCCACCAUGAGAGUUACCUCUGACCCCUUGAAGACUCACAUGACCUGUUUGGAGGAAGUCCCCAUCCCCAAUAUCAAACCAGGCGAGGGUCUGGGGAUGUAUAUCAAAUCCACUUACGAUGGACUUCACAUCAUCACCGGAACCACGGAAAAUUCUCCAGCAGACCGAACUCAGCGGAUUCAUGCAGGCGAUGAGGUGAUACAAGUCAACAGACAAACAGUGGUGGGCUGGCAUUUGAAGAGUCUGGUGGAGAAGCUCAGGGAAGAUCCUCUGAAUGUGACACUGAUGGUGAAGAAAAGGCCGUCAGGCACCUGUGGCUUCACCCCCGCACCACUGAAGAACAUGCGCUGGAGACCCCCUGCCGUCCAGAGCCCAUCGUAUGCGCCGGCCGCCCAGUCAUCCAGAAAUCCUGUGCAAAUCUCCAUCAAGCGGCCGGAGAAAUCUGCAAUUUUAGAUCUCUAUAUUCCUCCUCCUCCUUCCAUGCCAUACAGCCCACGAGAUGCAGAGACGAGUGAAAGUGCAGGUGUGAAGAUGAGACCAAAAGGUUCAGAGUCGCCCAACUCCUCUCUGGAUUUAGCUGGUAGACGGCGUUCAAAUGCCAGCGACUACACCAGCAAACCUAGCGUGAAUCCAGCUGAGGUCAUCAUCCCACAAGCAAGACUGAGACAGCGGACUCCCUCUAGAGGAAAGCCACGUCCCAUGUCCAUGCCGGUAGACACUUGCCUGGGCGCGUUGGACUCUCCCUCCAGACCCUGGGCUCUUGGAAGGAAAGGUGAGGAGGUUUUGCACAGGUAUCUGAGUAACGAACAGAUCCCCACCAUCUCAGAAGAGUCGCCCUGUUACCCACUGCCCUACCGGCCCACAGGCGAACGCCAGCUCGUCCGAGGGGUCGACCACAUCCGCGGGAGCCAGUGUUUCAUCAAUGCCAACCUACACGACAGCGCCACCAUACCCUACCAGGAAGCCAUGGCACGCAAGCCUGCGCCGAAAUCCCCCAAGAGACCCCCGUCCGAACCCUCUCUGCUCAGCAGCUGGAUCGCACGACUCAAGCUGCUCACGCACAUAGGAUCUGGGAUGUCUGCAAGAGCGAUUUUCAGAGGGAUAAAAUACCUGCAGGUUUUCACAUGCUGGAUACAGUUGGUAGAGGAGAUAUAUCUACUGGUCUCCGCUUUGAAGGCAACAGAGGAGAAUCACAGGAUGAUGAACAGACAGAGUCAGUCAUACCCUCUUCAAGACUUUGCAGCCGAGAAGUCUCAAGGAGAUGGUGUGAUGAGCCGCAGAAGGGUCUCGGUGAAAGACCUGGGCCAGGGCGACUGUCAGGGCUGGUUGUACAAAAGGAAAGAAAGCAAAGGGCUCUUGGGCUGGAGGUGGAAAAAGUUUUGGUUCGUGCUCAAGAAAUGUUCGCUCUACUGGUACACAUCCGACACGGCAGAGAAGGCCGAAGGCUACAUCAACUUGAGGGACUUCUUCGUAGAACAAGCUACCGAAUGCAAGAAGAAGUUUGCAAUGAAAGCGAGCCACCUCCACAUGGUGACACUCUACUUUGCAGCUGAAAGCUUGAAAGACAUGAACAAAUGGCUGGCUAAACUCUCCGAGGCUUCAAAUGAACCUGAACCCACAGACUCUACGAACGGAGAGUGCUACAGUGAGGAGAGCGAUGAUGAUGAUGAAGCUGAGGUGUCUGUGGAGGACACGGAUCAGCUGACCCCUGGCUCUUUGCAUGGUUGUCUCCCGCCUCCCCGCUCCUCUUCCUCUCCAUGUCACCGCACAGAGACUCAGAGCGCAGACAGUGAGUCGUGGCACGAGAUCAGCACAGAGGAAGACCCCAUCGCCAAAAUACAGGAGUUCAAAGGAAACGACCGCGCCCCGUCCGAUGAGAUGGAGAUGCUGUAUCUUCACCUCAAGCAAGCGAGUCUGUCGCCCACAGGAGCCCUGCAGCCGAGCACCAAACGGGACUUCAGGUCCUCCUUCAUUAGACGCUGCAAAGAUGAGAGCGUCAAUGACAAACUGCACCUCAUUCGGGCUUUAAACAGCACUUUAAAGGCUAAGGAGGCUGAUCUGCAGAACAUAGAGCAGGUCUUGAGCGAAACGCCUCUGAGCGCUUGUAAAUACAGACAGUGGCGAGACGCUAAUGUGCUCCUGCUGCAAGAGAUAGGAGAGAAACACAAGAGUCCCGUGGAGUCGCAGGCCCAGAAACCACUGGUUCAAACUCAGCCCCAACGCCAGUCGCUCUUCGGCCCGAUCGCUGCGUCUCCCGCUGUCCCAGUCUACACAGAGACCAGCCUGUGAAGACGAGGACCGAGUUAGAACCCCCUAAAAGACCAACUCUGGUGUCCUGCUGGACAUAACAUGCAGCAUCUCUGAAACACUUCACUCAGAUUCUGGCCUGCAAAGGAAGAACACACAACUACAUCAUGAAACUGAGAAAAAUGAUGAACAGUUAAUGCGUUUCGCCUUUGUUGUUCAGAAUCAGUUUAUCUGAUGUAUUACUUGUCGUUCGCCACAAAGAUGUUUGUAGACGUUCUGUAAAGCUUUUACUAAUGUUUGAAUCGUAUGGUGUUUUUAAUUUGGUUUUAUUAAUCACUCAUGACAUUGGUUGUCUGGAUGGACUUUUUUAUGCAGGCUACACACACACACACACACACACACACAAACUUGAUCUUUUUAGGAGUGCAUUAAAAGGUCUCUUUUAAGAUGUACAUAUUUUAGCCUUUUACAACUGUAAUUUAAUGUCUUAAGGAUUGUACAUUUUUGUAUAAAUGUCAUAUGAUUUAACUGUGUAAAUUUUCACUUGGUGUUUUAUAAUUAAUUCAUGCUCAAGGAGUGAAGAAGGGAAUAAAAAUGGCUGUUUAAUUGUUUCUUUCAAAAUUGUGUUGCCUAUUUGUGUGUAGGCUAUAAAGAGCGCUCAUUGUUCUGGACCCAAAACAUAUGCAUUGUAGACACUUUCUAUUUGUUAAAAUCUGUUAAAUAAUUAUGCUUAUAGUUGAUGUGAUGAGCUGUGGUUCGUUUUUGGGGGGAACUGAU